GUCACAGGAACAGCAAGGUAUUCUCCGCGUACCUGUCAAGAAUGUCCACUAUUAACCUUCCCACGAUGUUCCGCAAUAUGGAGCCAGUCCUAGUUAAGGACCAGUCGGGAAUCUUGCUGAACCGGGGUGACGCUGCCCCGCUGAAGCUGUCAGAAGCUGGGAAGCAGAGCAUUCUGCUUGACGAAGAGGUUCAAGCUGCAAUCCAGGAGCAAGAGACCAUUCGUGCCGCCAUUCUGGAGAAACACCCAAGUCCUUCAGCAGCGGCAGGGAAGAUCAAUCCGUUGUGGGAAGAGUACAAGAAGGUUGACUUGUCUCGCAAAUCUCUCAUCUAA